CGAAUAUUUCUUUUUUAUUUUUAAAAAAUUGAAUUGAUUUUAAACACAGUAAUUUUGUAACGGAAACGCAGGCGCACACAAAAAAAGCAUUCGCCAUCUGCAUGUUUCCUCAACGUGAGCUCGAAGAAGAAGAAGGUCGGAUCGCGUCAAUUGUCAUCUUCAUUCGGAAAAGCUCAGGAGCAAGGAGUUGUUGGAGAAUAGCGUUAAUUUCUGGGUUCAAUUUCAAUCGAUCGGUUUGGGGUUAAUACAGGAAGAAAUAAGAAUGAGCGGGGUGGGGGAGGAAGAAGAGCUCACGUUGGAGUACUCGCCGACUUGGGUGGUCGCCGCCGUCUGCUCCGUCAUCGUCUCCAUCUCCCUCGCCGUUGAACGCCUCUUCCACUUCACCGGAGCGUAUCUGAAGAAGAAGAAUCAAAAGCCUCUCUAUGAAGCUCUCCAGAUAGUUGAAGAAGAAUUGAUGCUGUUGGGGUUCAUAUCGUUGCUACUUACGGUGUUUCAAGCUCGUAUAAACAAGAUGUGUGUGCCUCCCAACACAAUGCACCACAUGCUCCCAUGCCCCCUAGCUCAGGAAGAAGCAUUUUUGGCUGCUGAAUUGGCUCCUGUUUCUUCUGCCAAAGAGUUCAAAAGUUGGGAAAAGCCUGUAGAGCGAGUGCUAGGCGCUGGUUAUUGUGCUGCCAAGCAUAAAGUACCAUUACUAUCUUUGGAAGCAUUGCAUCACCUGCACAUCUUCAUCUUCAUAUUGGCCAUUGUCCACGUCACGUUUACCCUUCUCACCAUAAUAAUUGGAGGUGCAAAGAUACGCCAAUGGAAGCACUGGGAGGAUGGAAUUGCAGAAGCUAAUUUUGAGACCGAACCAGAUCUGCAACCCGGAUUCACCGAUGUCCGCCAACAUGAUUUCAUCAGGACACGAUUUGUGGGCGUGGGUAAACGCUCAACCAUCUGGGGCUGGUUGACACAUUGCAGGGGGAACCCGAAGUUCAAUUUUCACAAGUACAUGAUGCGUGCAUUGGAAGAUGAUUUCAAGAAAGUUGUGGGCAUUAGCUGGUAUUUGUGGUUAUUUGUCAUUUUGUUCUUGUUGCUGAAUAUCAAUGGGUGGCAUACAUAUUUUUGGAUAGCAUUCAUUCCUUUUGCACUCCUACUUGCUGUAGGUACAAAGUUGCAGCAUGUAAUAAUACAAUUAGCUCAUGAGGUAGCAGAGAAGCAUGCUGCAAUAGAAGGUGAUUUGGUUGUGCAGCCUUCCGAUGAGCACUUCUGGUUUCACCGCCCCCGUAUCGUUCUCCAUUUCAUUCACUUCAUUCUCUUCCAGAAUGCUUUUGAGUUCGCCUUCUUCUUUUGGAUAUGGUUGCAAUAUGGAUUUGGUUCCUGCAUAAUGGGGCAAGUCCAGUACAUUGUUCCGAGGCUUGUCAUAGGAGUUAUCAUUCAAGUGCUUUGCAGUUACAGCACUCUGCCACUUUAUGCCAUUGUCACCCAGAUGGGAACCCACUUCAAGAAGUCGAUAUUCGACGAGCACGUUCGGGCCAGCCUUGUUGAAUGGGCUUUGAAGGCAAAACGAAAGAAGGAGCUGAAAGCUACAGUGGUGGCAACAGCCUCCAAGGAGGAGGAGGCUGCGAAGGAUGGUUCAUCGGGCGUGCAAAUGGGAGAGAUUCAUGCAGCAGAAGAGGGACAGUCACCAAGAACUGGUCACCACGAUGGUUUGUAGCUGUGUUGCAUUGGAUUCUUCAAACAAGUGCCGCUUCCUGUCUCUGAAAUAUAUCCCUUCGGGUACUUGGGGACGCCCUAACACCCAAAUUCCGUGUUCCCGGUUUCGUCCCCAUCUAUGUGCAACUUUGAUUUGUGGAAGUUGUUCGGGAUCAUUUGUACAUGCAGAUGGCCUGGUGGUGAUCCAAUCCACAAUGGUAUAUUGAGCAAACCAAAAUUUGUGUAUAACUUCAUGAGAUUUAGUCAUCCAUCUCAGAUGUACAAUGAAGAACAUGAACACUU